AACCUCAACGUAACGUCCGUCGAUUUAAAAAAGCUGCAGGUGCCUGCGUCGUCCCGCAGAGGAACCAGCCCGAAGAAGAAGAAGAAGAAGAAGGAAGAAGAGAUGCUCGUAGCUCGAGCUGCGGAUUCAUAAACAAGUUUGACUUCACACACAGAAGAAGAAGAAGAAGAAGAAGGAGAAGAUGGAGUUCGAGGCGCCGGGGACGGUUCGCUCCACGCCGAGUCGACACGAGAAAAGUUUGGGGCUCCUCACGAUGAAGUUUGUGUGUCUGCUACAGGAAGCGAAGGAUGGCGUCCUGGACCUGAAAGUGGCUGCAGACAGUUUGGCAGUGAAGCAGAAGAGGAGGAUAUACGACAUCACAAAUGUCCUGGAAGGUGUGGGGCUGAUUGAGAAGAAAAACAAGAACAUUAUCCAGUGGAGGGGUGAGAACACAGGGAGCCAAACUCAAGAGAUGCUGGAGCAGGUGAAGGGUUUGAAGGCACAGAUCUCUGAGCUCGAGGCCCAAGAGAAGGAGCUGGACAAGCAGAAGGCCUGGCUGGAGGAAAACAUCAAACGCCUGAACCACGUUCCCAUCACCAGCACUUACAAAUUUGUGACACAUGAAGACGUCUGCAGUGCCUUCAGCGGCGACACUCUUCUUGCUGUUGUGGCUCCUGCUGGGACGCAGCUGGAGGUUCCAUUACCCGAAAUGGGCCAGAGCGGUCAGAAGAGGUACCAGGUGAAUCUACGCAGCCACUCGGCUCCCAUCCAGGUCAUGUUGAUCAACAAAGAUUCAGACUCCACGAUACCCGUGGUGUUCUCGGUGCCGCCGACCGACGACAUCUGUUCGAUGCUGACCCCCCCCAGCACCCCCGCCAGCCUGCAGAGGUUCUCCCUCUCCUCUUCCAUGUACUCCAGCUCCAACACCACUUCCUCCUUCUGCAGCCAGGACUCCCUCUGCUCAGACCACCAGAUGGUGCUGCCAGAACAUGAACUGCUGACGAUGUCGUCCACCCCUCCUGAUGUGCAGAUGGAGUGUCAGCCUGUGGCAGUGUUGGAGCAGAAGCGGAUGGACCUGGUGGGCUCGGAGUUCCAGUCUGUGCUGGAUGUGAACAGCCUGCUGGUGCUCAGCGCUGCUGGAGACAACAUGAAGGACGACAGAGAGACUGCUGUUGAUCUGAUUGAUGAGCUCAUGUCUGCUGAUGGAAUGGACUACAGCUUCAAUCUGGACGACAGCGAGGGAGUGUGUGACCUGUUCGACAUGCAGAUCCUAAAUUACUGACGGCUGAUAUUGGACUCUCCUGUGAGCUUAUACAAUCUGUAAAGUCACCUCAAACACACCUUCCCCCAGUUUUGUUAUAGUUGCAUAGCUGAUACUUUAACAUCAUUGUUAUGUUUAAAAAAAAAAAAAAGCAUACCGCACAAAUAAGACUUCACAGCU